AUGUCGAAAAAAGAAGACAACCCUCCUGUGGAACCAGAGGUAGAGGAAGAGGACGACGAUGGGCCCGACGAGUGGGACAAGCGGAUCUUCAGCACUGGUUGCGCAGAGGAGCAAUUGAAGAUGAAUGACUGCUACUAUGACAAGAAGGACUGGAGGAGUUGCCAAAAGGAGAUGGAGGCAUUCCGCGAGUGCUGGAAACAGCAUGGCAACGACCAGCGCACCCAAAUGAAAGAUGCUUGACUGGGCUAGACAUGCUGUGUCGGACGGACUGUAUCUUUCCUUUAUUACCACCAAAAGAGAAUCCUUACUCUACUCUGUAUAUUAAAUACAUCAAUUGAAU